AUGGAACCACAGAAUGUUGCUUGUGAAUUAAUCUUCUGGCUUCUGAUAGUAGGAUUAAGAAAGUCAGUGAAUGAAGUCAAGAUGAGAAAAAUACUAAUUUUUACUUUUUUAAUACUCCUUUCUUGUUCUGUUGUGUUUAUAGGUUUGUAUCAUGUUCUUACUGGUAAAGGAGAAAGGCUUAGUAUUGGAUGGUUCUUGGAGAACACAUCACCACAUAUGUGGGCAGCUAUCGGAAUUGGAUUAUCGGUAGCUUUGUCAGUGGUUGGUGCUGCCGUGGGAAUUCACACAACCGGUGUGAGCAUUAUUGGAGGGGGUGUGAAAGCUCCUAGAAUAAAAACAAAAAAUUUAAUAUCUGUUAUUUUCUGUGAAGCUGUUGCCAUUUACGGGCUUAUUAUAGCAAUAGUCCUCUCUGGAUAUUUAGAGGAUUUUACUUACGAACUAGUUUUGAACAAUGAAGUUUUAAAAACCCGGAACUGGAUGUCCGGUUAUUUGAUGUUUGGGGCUGGAACAACAGUUGGACUUGUAAAUUUGGUCUGUGGCAUGGCAGUGGGAAUAACUGGGUCUGGUGCUGCCCUAGCAGAUGCUGCAGAUUCUUCAUUGUUUGUCAAAAUACUAAUAAUAGAAAUAUUUGGCAGUGCUAUAGGUUUGUUUGGAUUGAUUGUAGGCAUUUAUAUGGUUUCGAAGGUAUCUAUGGGUAACAAACUGUACUGAAGAGAUUAUCCAGUAAAAGUAAUAAAGCAAAUAGUUAUAAAUGGAAUUAAAUUUUUUUUUUUUUAUCUGGGAGGAAAUGUUUUUGUCUGUGAUCUAUAUUUUAUCGUUCACUCUUGAGUAAUUUGAGAUAUUAGUUAUUUGGAGUGACACUUUGUUUACGAUUGAUGAAUUUUCCAGAUAUUUGAUUACUUAUUACACAUAUCGUUAUAUUCUACAUAUCCUUACUUUUAUUGAAGGUUUUAUUAACGGUAAAUCACCCGUUAGUGAGUGCAAUAUUUAUCGAGAAGUAUACCAUUGUUAAAAAUUAACUUUGAUGUUAAAUAUAGGAUAAUAGUUUCAUACACAUUAAUAAUAUUUAUUGGAAAUUAAAGUCAACUUUCAGCUU